GGAAACCACUCCAAGGAGAUUCUUGGUUAUGGUGUUAGGCAAGGAAAACUUUAUUUUCUGGAUGUAUCACACAAUAAUGGUGCUUCGGCUGUUCUUGCUGCUCAUACCUCUACGCUGGACAAAGAAAAGCAAGCAAUUUGGUUGUGGCACCGGCGCCUUGGACAUCCUUCCUUCGGUUAUCUUAAGCAUUUGUUUCCUAGUUUAUUUUCAAGUCUUUCCAUUUCUGAGUUUAAAUGCUCUGUUAGUGAAUUGGACAAGAGACAUAGAAUUCCCUUUUCCCCAAGCAUGAAUAAAAGUUCUAUCCCUUUUCAAGUUGUGCACUCUGAUGUUUGGGGUCCUGCAAAAAUUCCCUCAUUUUCUAAAUCUUAUUACUAUGUCUCUUUUAUAGACGAAUGUACGUAUGGUUUGGAUCACCUUGCUUAA